CAUAAUUAAUACAUUGAUUUGAUAUUCGGCCAAAUGACCUCUAAAUGUGCACGUAAAGAAAGUAGACUAUUGUAAUUUCGCCAUACGAGUCUCCUGUAACACCAGAACGUGCUUGGCACGCAAAUUCACGAUCGCUUCCCUUUCCUCAGCAACUCAGAUUCUCUCUCUCCAACUGUGCAUCCCCAUCUCAGUUUUCUCUAAAUUAUAGUAUCACAAUAAAUACAAACCAAAAAUUUACAAAUGAAGGAAGACGAAUCCAUACCUUUAUCUACACCAACGGCAGCAGCAUAUCCACUGUCGAAUAGUAUAUUGUUCGGAAGAGGUCGGUACAAGUUUUGGGCAUUGGCAGCUAUACUUUUGUUAGCAUUUUGGUCAAUGUUUACUGGUACUGUUACUCUCCGUUGGUCUGCUGGAAAUCUAAACACUCUCUCUGAUAUCUUCGAUAUUCCACUAUCCGACGAUCUUGAUGUCCUCGAAAUGGAGGAGAGGGAGAAGUUGGUGAAUCAUAUGUGGGAUGUGUAUACCAAUAGUCCUCGGAUCAGAUUGCCUAAGUUUUGGCAGGUGGCAUUUGAGGCGGCUUAUGAGGAGUUAAACAGUGAUGCUGCUGAAGUUCGAGAGGCUGCUAUCUCCGAGAUCUCUAAGAUGUCUCUACGAUUAGUUCAUAUAGAGUUGCCACCUCUGCAUUCGCUGGCAGUAAGAGAAUUAAGUCAAAAACUAGCCGAGAACAAACAGAGGACCACAACAGGAAGUAAGUUAUGACCAGAAGAGUAUCAAGGAUCCAAAUUUACACGGUUCCCACUUAUACACGACGAAUGAAAACAUACAACAACCUGCUCCCUGGUAUUAACUAAAGGGAGCUCUGAGAAAAGAUUACAUUCAGGUUCCUCGCAUUUUUGCAACAGGGAUAAGCAUAUCUAACUUUUUGUUACCUGUACCUCUCUUUUUCUGUCGAUUCCCAUCUCUCCACUGAGUGCAGAUUUCCACAGUAUCAUUACUUAAUUGCUUCAUGCAGGGAGAUUGGAAAUUACUUCCGUGGUUUUUACAUUGGAAGGCACUACUUUUUUUUUUGUUUCACACUUGUGAUACCAAUUAUACAAACUUUUACUGGAAUAGAUUGAUAAUAUUGAGUUCUCAUGGUAAACUUGUUCUUUGUAGUGUCUCAAGUGAUUUUAUGCAGCAUGUGGCCUUAUUUUAAGUGUUAA